AUGGCAACACCGGCAUCGCCCAACCCUGUAGUAUUCUUCGACAUCACCCUUGGCGGCGAGCCCUUGGGUCGAGUCAAGAUGGAGCUCUUCCAAGAUGUCGUGCCAAAGACUGCCGAGAACUUCCGCCAAUACUGCACGGGUGAGACAAAGAACCACCUAGGACAUCCCCAAGGCUACAAGGGAUGCAAGUUCCACCGCGUGGUGAGAGGCGACUUCCUCAAUGGCGAUGGCACUGGCUCUGCUUCGAUCUACGGUACCAAGGCCUUUGCUGACGAGAACUUCAACCUGAGACACGACGUUGCUGGCUUGCUCUCCAUGGCCAACUCUGGUCCAAACACAAAUGGCUGCCAGUUCUUCAUUACCACUGUACCGCUGCCCCAUCUAAACAACAAGCAUGUAGUCUUUGGAAAGAUUGUUGACGGCAUGGAUGUCGUACGAAAGAUCGAGAACGUCAGGACCAACGUGACAGACAAGCCCAUUCAAGACGUCGCUAUCGCUCAAUGCGGAGAGAUGUAG